AUGGCGCCUCUCUCGACACCCCUAACCAAGCUUCUCGGCAUCCAGCACCCGGUCGUCCUCGCCGGCAUGGCCCGCGUCUCUGGCGGCUCCUUGGCCGCGGCCGUCAGCAACGCCGGCGGCCUCGGCGUCGUCGGCGGCUUCCGCCUGACGCCCCAGCAGCUGCGUGACGUCGUGGCCGAGCUCAAGGCCGAGCUCGCCCGGCCCGACCUGCCCUUUGGCAUCGACCUGGCGCUGCCCCAGGUCGGCAACGGCGCCCGCGCCACCAACUACGACUACACCGACGGCAAGCUCGACGAGCUGAUUGACAUUGUCAUCCACGAGGGCGCCAAGCUGUUUGUCAGCGCCGUCGGCGUGCCGCCCGCCUACGUCAUCGACCGCCUGCACCGCCACGGCAUCCUGGUCAUGAACAUGGUCGGCCACCCCAAGCACGCGGCCAAGGCGCUGGCGCGCGGCGUCGACAUGGUGUGCGCGCAGGGCACCGAGGGCGGCGGCCACACGGGGCCCGUCGCCGGCACGGUGCUGAUCCCGGCCGUCGUGGACGUGGCGCAGCUCGUGGCCGAGGAGCGGCGCCGCGCCACGGGCCAGACAAACUUUUUGCUGGCGGAGCCGCUCGUGGUGGCCGCCGGCGGCAUCGCGGACGGCCGCGGGCUGGCGGCGGCGCUGAUGCAGGGCGCGGCGGGCGUCUGGGUGGGCACGCGCUUUGUGGCGUGCCAGGAGGCCAACUGCAGCGAGGCGCACAAGCAGGCCGUGGUGACGUGCGACACGGACGACACGGACAUUACGCUGGUGCUGACGGGCCGCCCGCUGCGCACCAAGCUCAACCCCUACAUUCGCAAGUGGCACGAGCAGCCGCAGAAGAUCCGCGACCUCUGCAGCCAGGGCAUCAUCCCCUUUGAGCACGACCUCGAGAGCCACGGCCGCGAGGGCCAUGUCGGCGACGACGUCACGUUUGACAGCGACGAGGACGAGGUGGAGAUGCCGUACCUGAUGGGCCAGGUCGCCGGCAACAUCAAAAAGGUGCAGCCGGCCAAGGAGAUUGUCGACGAGAUGGUGGCCGGUGCCGUCGUGGCCCUGCAGCGCGGCCAAACCUACAUGGGGAAGCUCUUCGUCUCGGAUGCGCUGUCAGACGCGUCGCCGCCACCUUCCGUCUCCGCCACCGUCCACGUCGUGUCCAUCACAAUCGACAUGGGGCUGCGGAUCCGCACAAACACGCCCGACGGCAUGUCCGUCAUCUCGUACGUGCUGACCACCUUGGAGUCCCACAGCCCCGCCGGCAGCACGCCAAACCGCCGGCCGUCCUUUUCCCGGGGCGACGAUGCCAGCACCGCCCGCACAUCCUCCGGCAACGGGUGCUCCGACUUGGCGUGCGAUGCCAGGGCCGUCUCGGCCAGCUGGGCCGCCUCGUCGUCGGCGACCGUCGCGCAGUCGACGCUGUGGGGUCCGCACUGGAUAAACGCGCGGUGGUCCUGCAGCAUCGCCUUGACGGCCGUCGUCUUGUCGGUCCCCGCCGGCAACUGCGACGUGUGGCGGAGGGUCGCUGUGGUGUUGAAGACUGGGGCGCGAGGGUUAGCUAACGAAAGUCGGGGAGGAUGA